UGUUCGAGAACGUUCUGCAACUCGCACAAAUUUUAUCCAAAACACCAUGUAAAUAGUGGCCAGGUCCGCCAAUUACCUUCUCGAUCAACCCGUUGAUUUUGCACUGCAGAUUUCGCUAAGAGAACAACCCGUAAACACUCCUAAGAGUGAGAGGAAAAAAAUGUCGAUGGUUCCAAGCUUCUUCGGCCGCCGAUCCAGUACUCCCGAUGAAAUUUGGGACCCAUUUCAGGGCUGGCCUUUCAACUCCGACUUUAGCCCAUUCUCCGGUCAGCUCCGCACCACCUUUCCGUCCUCCUCAUCUGAGACUGCCUCGUUUGCCCACGCCAGCAUCGACUGGAAAGAGACCCCAAAUGCCCACGUGUUCAAGGCGGACGUGCCGGGGCUGAGGAAGGAGGAGGUCAAGGUGGAGGUGGAGGACGAGAGGAUCUUGCAGAUCAGUGGGGAGAGGAAGAGGGAAAUCGAGGACAAGGGCCACACGUGGCACAAGGUGGAGAGGAGCAGCGGGAAAUUCAUGAGGAGGUUCAGGCUCCCUGAAAAUGCUAAAGUGGAACAAGUCAAGGCAUCGAUGGAGAAUGGGGUUCUGACCGUCACUGUCCCUAAAGCAGAAAUCAGGAAGCCUGAUGUCAAGUCCAUUGAAAUUUCUGGCUGAUUUCCGAGUCGUCGUUUCUGUUAUGUCUGCGUCCUUGUCUUUCUUUCUUUUCAUUUUUUUCCCGUCGUACUAGUGCUUAUGUCCAUAGUAGUAAGUUUUUAGGGUCCAAUUGGCGAAUUCCGUCAGUGGAAUGGAUGUGGAUGCGUUCGCUUCUGUUAGUGCUAGGGGAAGCGGUGGUGUAUCUAUUACUGUCUAAUGGCAAUCAGAGAAUGACUCGAACUACGGGUUAUAAUUUGGUAGUAUCACAUUCUCCCUUUUUUGGACUA